GUGUCGGUUCGAUACAGACUGGAGUUUACUUUCGCUUUCUCUUUGGCUAUAUAUUCACAUACAGAGGGGGAUUUCCAUGUUUGGAGAGAGAAGCCAUAUCUCCCCCAGCCGAGCUGCAGACACACAGAGAGGGGAGAGCAGCUAGGAGUGAGGUUCCUUCAUCAUGAAACGAUUCAGCCCACCAGUAUGUUUGGCUGUUCUGGACAUUACAACCCUACAGUUGUUGGGGUUAUGUCUGCCUCAAAUAAACACCUUGUAUUUGCCCAUCCUUGGGGCCUGGUUGGUGGGUCUAUCACGAUUAUUGGUUCUGAUUUUGGGUGUGCGUGUCAUGAGGUGCUGGUCCAAGAUGCCUUCAUGGAUGGAAGGAGACCCACUUCCAGUGCCCUACAUUGUCCUCAGCCUUCUUAUCCCAUCCUGUGCCACUAUAUGCAGCGUAGUGUCACCAAAUAGCAGCUCCGAGAUCCUCUACAGCUGGAAACGUUGGGACUUGUUAGUGUUGAACUACCUCCUCACAUUAACAUCAGCUAUUCUUUGGCACGAGCUGGGUCCCUCAGCUGAGAAGGAAGAGGAUGAGACUGCAACGUCUUCAGGCUCCUUGAUGCGCUUGAUUACUCUCUUAAAGCCUUAUGUAUAUAGAUUUACACUUGCGUCAGUAUUUCUGAUACUGUCAUCAUGGGGCGAGAUGGCUCUGCCUUCCUACACAGGGCGCAUGACCGACUGGAUUCUGAAUAAGGAAGAUCCCUCAGCAUUUAAAAGUGCCAUCACAGCUAUGAGUCUGAUCACCAUCUCCAGUGCGGUGACAGAAUUCCUGUGUGACUGUAUCUACAAUAUUACGAUGAGCAGAAUACACACUAAAACCCAGGGACAGGUUCUCCGCUCUGUCCUGCAGCAGGAGAUUGGGUUUUUUGACACCGUACCUACAGGGGACAUCACAUCUCGCGUUACUUCAGAUAUCACGGCAAUGAGUGAAUCUCUGAGCAGUAAUCUGAGCCUGUUAAUGUGGUACUUCAUGAGAGCUGUAUUCCUCAUUGCUUAUAUGCUGAGCUUGUCCCCAAAGCUGACACUCUUCACUUUGAUGUGUCUGUGUGUCAUCACACUUGUGCCAAAACUCUCAGGAACUUUUUCCCAGAGCCUGGCUGUGAAAGUCCAGGAAUCUCUUUCAAAAGCUAAUCAGGUUGCACUGGAGGCUUUCUCCAACAUGAAGACUGUAAGGAGUUUUGCUAAUGAGGAGGGUGAAAGCCAGCGCUAUGAAAGCAGAUUGCAUGAUACCUACCAGCUCAACAAAAUGGAGGCCCUUGCCUAUGGCUGCUCCAAUGUGGCCAACAGCUUUGCAGGUCUGGCUUUGAAAGUUGGGAUUUUGUACUUUGGAGGACGCUUAGUGACCAACGGAGAAGUCAGCGGUGGAGAUCUGGUGUCAUUUGUCCUGUAUGAGAUGCAGUUUACGUCAGCCGUGGAUGUCUUGCUGAGAAUGUACCCUGAUGUCAGAAAAGCUGUUGGGUCCUCAGAAAAGGUUUUUGAGUAUAUGGACCGCACUCCACAAAUGCCCAAACAAGGCACCCUCGUCCCUAGCAGUCUCAAAGGGCACGUUCAGUUCCAGAAUGUUACUUUCUCAUACCCGAAAAAUCCAGAUACCCCAGCUCUGCAGGAUGUGUCCUUUGAACUGUGCCCUGGUGAAGUGACAGCUCUGGUGGGUCAAUGCGACGCAGGAAAGACCACAGUGGUGCAGCUGCUGCUCAGAUUUUAUGAACCGAAGAAUGGAAAGAUUCUAAUGGACGGAAAACCAAUAUCAGAAUACGAGAACAAAUUCUACCGCACAAAGGUGUCAGUGGUCAGCCAGGAACCAACUCUCACGUCCCGCACCAUUGAGGACAAUAUCUCUUAUGGCUUGGAGAAGGUACCCCAGAGAUCGGUGCAGGAUGCAGCUAAAGUUGCGCAUGUUGAUGAUUUCAUUUCAGAAUUAACCGAUGGAUAUCAGACAGGUGCUGGCCAGAAAGGAGGGCAGCUUUCUGGUGGUCAGAAGCAGAGGGUGGCAUUGGCAAGAGCUCUUGUAAGGAAUCCCAAGGUUCUCAUUCUAGAUGAUGCCACAAGUUCCCUGGAUACAAAGACUGAGCUCGAUAUUCAGAGUGCCCUGUAUGAUAAUCCCCAGAAACGGACAGUGCUGCUCAUCUCUCAUCGCAUGCACACAGUGCAGCAGGCUAAACGUAUCCUGGUACUGGAAAGCGGGCGAAUCACAGAGCAGGGGACUCACGAAGAGCUGCUGGCCCUGGAGGGCAGCUACUGGAGACUCUGGAACAAGCAGACCAGCAGUUUCCAGCGAAGUAAUGGAGAGCAAGAGCAAGUGGAAUGAACACAUUUUAGUAAUACAUUAGUCAAAAACCGAUGCAGGACCCAAACACGAAUAGAGUAGAGAAGAAACUCUCAGUGGUACGG